AUGGCGGAGGUCAACACGACAUUCAAGCAGAGUCUGCUCACAAACCACAUGCCGCACCAAGAAACCAUGAAGCGUCUGGAUGAUAUCUUUAACUGCUUUUGGGAACGACUAUGGGAGCGACAAAAAGCAGCCCGGCCCGCACAGCACACUCCACAGAUCACGGGUGUGCGGGGUCGCAUGCAACGAGAGGUGAGGGUGAAACCCUCGGGCACAGCGUCAGUCCACCCACCUACCCCCACUUUAA